CAGCGAUUCCACUCCACCCGUCCUCCACCACACGCUCCACUUCCAUCACCGGACGGAGGCUCUCCAAUUGCCUCAGGCGCUGCCAAAGCCGUCGCUCUCUUUACGGGCGCGCUCCUCCCCGACCAGCCGGCCAGCCUCGCUCCUUCGGGCUGCCUCCCCCUCUCUUCGCUGCAGCGGCCUCACGUCGCACCAUCACCGCCUGCCCUCCUCACGUCCGAACCUUCACGCUCUCCCACAAUCGACUCAUCGCGGCCGUCGCACGCCUUGCGUCCUGAUCACAGACCCGCCCGUAGUCCGCUGCCAUAUCGCGCCUCGCCAUGUCUGCACCCUACGAAAUCCGCGCUGGUGGAGAUGGCAAGAGCAAGAAGCAGAGCAUGGCCGAGCUCAAGCUGCGCCGCUUAACAGAGCUGAACGCGAGGCUCAAGGAGGAUCUGGACCGCCGCCGGAUACCUGUGUCGGAAGCAUCCAUGGACCUCAUUGCGUUCACGGACAAAGAGCCCAAGGACUGGAUGGUGCCAUCGCGAUGGGGCACAAUCGACAAGCGCGAAGACCCGUACGCCCCGCAACAAUCCAACGGCUGCUGCGUUGUCAUGUGAGACGGACAGCGGCGGCGAUGGUCAACUGCAACGGCGUUUACGCGAUUUCGAUUUACUGAUGCGAGUUUCUUACCUUUGAUGGUCGAUAAUACCCAGAGCAGUUUCCUGGGCUUUCACUAGGGACAUUGUACUUUCCGGGCACUGUAAGAUAGGGCAAAAAGUGGUCAUGUUGCCUGCCUUCCGGCUCAAUGGGAGGCUUCUGUUUUGUGUUCGACGGCAUUCAGUGCAAUUCUUGGCGGAUGGACGAUUUGGGUCAACGGUCGGAUAUCUUGACAGCAAUGCAUUUCCUCG